AAUUAAUGGAGGUAUGGAAGAAGAAGAGAAAGAAGUAAACAUAAGGAAGGGAGAAAAAACGUAUGUUCAUUUUUGAUGUAUUAUAUGUUCAUAUGUAUGGUUGUUACAGUAGUUUAGUUGUACAAGUAUAUAGCUAAGGUACUCAUAUUUUAUUACUACUAGACGGACCUGCCCAUUUUUUUCUGGGCCGGGUUAAGGUUUUUAAUGGGAGCUCCAACCCAUUGAAGUAUUGAACUGCUCUGAGCCUCUGAUUGUGAAUAAGAAAAAAAAAAAAAAAAAAAAAACCUCAGUUCAUUGAAGCGAACUCAACGUUCUCCAUUUCUGAUACUUGUAUCCCCCAUUGAAGCAGCUUCCGAGGUACAAAUGUUAAGCCGAUCACGAGGUUUUGGUGGCAGUAAGAAACGGGGUCGUAGCGGUUCCCAACCUAUACCAGCGCAAAAUUUACAGGACAUCUAACUAUUAGAUGAAGAUGAGACCCAGGAUGCUGGUGCUAUCGAAACCGUACAUAUUUUAAGCCGAUCACGAGGUUUUGGUGGCGGUCAGAAACGGGGUCGUAGCGGUUCCCAGCCUGUAUCAGCGCAAAGCACACCCCUAAUUGUAUCAUUAGAUGAAGAGGAGACCCAGGAUGCUGGUGCUACCGAAAUCGUAGUUUCUGAGACUCAGUUCGAGCAAGGAGAAUCCUCACCCAAUUCCAGGGAGUUGGACCCCGAUGGCUUUUGGUUUGAUGACAACCGCGUUAGUCGGUCCAUUACUGAAAUAUUUCAGGGAUACUUACGAGAAUCGUAUAGAAAUUACACAGAGGUUGAUGACGUCACAAAAGCACAUUGGUGGACCUUGUUUGAGGUUAAUUGCAUGUUUUAUCUUAUUGUGAACAAAUGAUCAAAGUUUCAUUAUUGUUUAACUUUGAAGGUGUGAAUGUGGUUUGACAUUGCAGCGUCAAUUCACAUGGAAAUCUGAGUUAGACGCUGAGGUUAGGAGGGUUUACUCCAUUAAAGCUGCAAAACGCUUGAGGGAGCUGGUUUACUAUGUCACUCAGAAGUGCAAUGGUAAGAAGCCGAAAUGGCUAGCGGAACAUGUACAUGAAGGUUGGAUGAAAAUCCUUGAAGAUCCUACAUUCAAAGCAAAAUCAGAGCAAGCUAAAAAGAACCAGAGGGGCGGUUCCCUAUCUAAUCCAAUCGAACUGUCCCAUUUCCAAGGUUCUAUUUCAGCUAAGGAGCAUGCUAGGCGGCUGGCUGUCAAGAGUAAUGGCGUACUUCCUAAUGCGGGAGACCUAUACCUCAAAACACAUUUUAAGGAAGUGCCUGGCAAAGGUAGUGUCCCAUGCAGUUCAAAAGCUAAGCGAAUCACGGAAGCCUACCUAAAGGCAGUGGCGGAAUGUAAGGAGAAGGGUGUUCAGAAGGAUCCGAAUCAAAUGUUUUUGGAUGUGGUCGGUGGUAAAAAGAGAGGGACGGUACCGGGUUUGGGAAUCAGUGUAGACAUGUACUACAGUAACGGUAAGCGCUCCCGACUGGUUCGCAGCUCAUCCAACACUUACUGCCCAUCUGUUGCUCAAUUGUCCUCUCAGAUACAAAGGGAACAAGAAGAAAAUGAGAGGAGGUGCCAGGAACUGAGUACACAGCAUCAACAACAGUUGGAAGCUUACAAGGCACAGAUGGAGAGACAAUUGGAAGAGCGGCUGCAGAAGGAGCGUGAAGAGAAUGAGAGGAGACAGCGGGAGUACCUAGAAGAGAUGAGGAAAAUGAUGAUGAAAGUCAUGUCGCAGUUAUGUGGUGUGUCCGAUUCUGCAGUGUAAAGUGAUUUUAGUUUGUUGUUGAUACUACUUUAUGCUACGACAGUAAUGUUAUUACUGUUGCUGAUUCUACAUUUAUCGGCUAAUAGUGUAAAUGCAUGGAAUGAUGACUGGUAAUGUUACUGCCCAUCUGACUGGCUUUAAAACUUUGAUGGUGACAUGAUAUGGGUGCUUCAUUU